CCCCCACCCCCCGCGGAGGGAGGGGCCGCCGGGGCCGUGCGGCGCCGGCACCGGACCGGCCGGGACCCCUCGAAGCCGUCGCAGCAGGCCCAGCGCCCCUGGACCCUCCGCUGGACGCCACACACCCCUGCUCCGUGCUGCCGGGGCCCCUGACCCCUGGGCGGCCCCCCAUCCUCCUGCCCAGCACCAGGUGCCCCGCCCGAGCCUCUCCGGUCUCCUCCCCCGGACCCCGGGCGGCUCGGGUCAGGCCCCCGGGAGCCCCACGCUGCCCCGCAGGAGCGCGCCAUGCUCCGGCUCCUGGUGCCGCCGCUGCUGCUGCUGCUCCCGCCGCCGCUGCCCGCGCGCGCCCCGGAGCCCGCGGCGCAGGACGUGAGCCUGGGCUUGGACUGGCUGACCCGCUAUGGCUACCUGCCACCCCCCCACCCAGCCCAGGCCCAGCUGCAGAGCCCCGAAAAGCUGCGGGACGCCAUCAAGGUGAUGCAGAGGUUCGCUGGGCUGCCUGAGACCGGCCUCCUGGACCCAGAGACCAUGGCCGCCAUGCACAAGCCCCGCUGCUCUCUGCCCGACGUGCUGGGGGUGGCAGAGCUGGUUAGGCGGCGCCGCCGUCGCUAUGCUCUGAGCGGCAGUAUUUGGAAGAAGCGAACCCUGACCUGGAGGAUACACUCCUUCCCCCGGAGCUCCGCAUUGAGCCAGGAGACUGUGCGGAUUCUCAUGCACCAUGCCCUGACCACCUGGGGUAUUGAGUCAGGCCUCAAAUUCCAGGAGGUGGGUUCUCAGGGCCCACCAGAGCCGGACAUCCUCAUCGACUUUGUCCGGGCCUACCACCAGGACAGUUACCCUUUCGACGGGCAGGGGGGGACCCUCGCCCACGCCUUCUUCCCCGGGGAGCAUUCCAUCUCUGGGGACACUCACUUCGACGAUGAGGAAAUCUGGACUUUUGGGUCAAAAGAUGGUGAGGGGACAGACCUGUUUGCUGUGGCAGUUCAUGAGUUUGGCCACGCACUGGGCCUGGGCCACUCCUCUGCCCCUGACUCCAUCAUGAGGCCCUUUUACCAGGGUCCCAUCGGGGAUCCCACCAAGUACCGCCUGUCCCAAGACGACCGUGAAGGCCUGCAGCAGCUCUACGGGAAAGCACCCCAAUCCCCGUAUGAUGAGCCCACAAGGAAACCCCUGGCUCCUCCUCCCCCGCCCCCUGCCCUGCCCCCAGGCAGCCCCUCCCUUCCUGUCCCCGAUCGAUGUGAUGGCAAUUUUGAUGCUGUCGCCAACAUCCGUGGGGAAACCUUCUUCUUUAAAGGCCCCUGGUUCUGGCGCCUCCAACCCUCAGGACAGCUGGUGUCCCCCCGGCCUGCCAGGCUCCACCGCUUCUGGGAGGGGCUGCCCCCCAAGGUGAAUGUCAUCCAGGCUGCCUACACCCGGCACCGAGAUGGCCGAAUCCUCCUCUUCAGUGGCCCACAGUUCUGGGUGUUCAAGGACCGGCAGCUAGAGGGCGCCGCGCGGCCGCUGGCCGAGCUGGGGCUGCCCGCCGGGGAGGAGGUGGACGCCGUGUUCUCGUGGCCGCUCAACGGGAAGACCUACCUGGUCCGGGGCCACCGCUACUGGCGGUUCGACGAGGCGGCAGCGCGCCCGGACCCCGGCUACCCGCGCGACCUGAGUCUCUGGGAGGGGGCGCCUCCCAGCCCCGACGACGUCGCCGUCAGCAACGACGGUCCCAGUCAACAUGUCUGCAGUUCCCUCAAGGAGAACCCCUUGGCUCCUGUCCGCUCAAUGCUGACCGGAAGACAGUAGAUUGAGUGCUCUCUGAACCUGGGUCACUGCUCCCUCAGCACUCCUGGGUGAUGAGUGGGUGAAACCUGCGCCAGCUCGUUCAUUUCCCACUCUCCACAGAACUCAGGAUCUAAAUCAGUGCCUCUGGAACUGUGCUUCUGGAACAUUCCACAUCAGAAUCACCAGGGAACUUUAAAAAGCAAAUCCCAAGCCCUCACCCUGAAUCUUCACUUGGGAUGGGGCCAGAAGCCUGCAUUUGAGCAAGCUGGGGUGGGGGUGGGAUGGCCUGAUGGGCAAGGAGGCUGCCUUGUGGCUUUGCUGUGUCUCUGCCGUGUUCCCCCAGGAGCCAACCUUUUCAUGUCUCCUACAGAGCCAAGCUGAUGGCCACAGCUGAUAGGGGUCACCCCCAUGGUUGGAGUCACUUAGGGGCCUUUUCUUGGGGUUGCUGUCCAGCUUCCUGCUCCCCAGUGCUCCCUGGGGCUGAGGCUGUGGGCUGCAGUCCCAGUGAGCACAGACAGUGCCUGCUGUUUAUCAAGGCAAGCAGACCCGUGUGAAGACAACAGCCACGCACAUCUUUGGCCAGUCAGUCCAUGACCUGAGUACUCGAAACCAUCUGAGGCUUUUUAAGUACAAGGAGGGGGAAAUUUGUAUUUUAAAAGCUUAUCAGGUUGGUUUGGCUCAGUGGAUAGAACGUCAGCCUGCGGACUGAAGAGUUCCGGGUUUGAAUCUGGUCAAGGACACAUGCCCAGGUUGCGAGCUUGAUCCCAGGUAGGGGGCAUGCAGGAGGCAGCCGAUCAAUGAUUCUCUCUAAUUACUGAUGUUUCUAUCUCUCCCUCUCCCUUCCUCUCUGAAAUCAAUAAAAAUAUGUUUUAAAAAAAA